GGCAACCGGCAGCGGGUGUAAUUGGUACACUAUAUAUACGUUAGUUCAACACAGAGAGUCAUCAGUCUACUGCUACACACACCAACAUGAAGUUUGUGGUUCUCGCCCUCCUGGCCACUGUGGCCACCGCCGCCCCCCAGUACGCCGCUCCUGCCCCUGUUUCUCGCUACGGUGAUUCCAGCGAGGAGGUCCCCAUUAUCAGGCACGACUUUGUACUUGGGGACUACGGCGGCUACAAACUUGAUGUAGAGACUGGAAACGGCAUCGUAGUAUCCCAGUCUGGCUCUCCCGACGGACCCGAGGGAACUGUGGUCAAGGCUGGAGAAUACUCCUACACCGCUCCUGACGGCACCCCAGUUCACGUGAAGUUCGUCGCCGACGAGAACGGCUACCAGCCCCAGUCUGACCUGCUGCCAGUGGCUCCCGCCUUCCCCCACCCAAUCCCUCAGUUCGUGCUGGACCAGAUCGCCUUCGCUGCUACUGAGGAACCUCGCCGCUACAGCUACGAUGAUUAAAGUCAAAGUUUUUUUGAUGAAGUCUUCUACAAGACUUGUUGAAAGAAAAAACAAUAUUGAGGAUUUAUUUAAAUUGUUGGAUUUUAUAUAUUUAUGUAAUUUUGCGAGGACAAGUCGUCCUCACUGCUGAGAACAAAAUAUAGAAAAUGGUUAACUAA